UGUGGAGAUGCCACCGGUCACCCCGCGCGCUGCGGACUUUAUUUAGCAACUGCAGUACUCAUCAACUUUAACAAGCGAUGUUGUUCUAAAGAUGUGCAUUUUUAAUAACUACCAAAACAUAUCGCAAUGCAUCAGGCGGUAAUAAUAGCGCGCGGUUACGCGCUGCGCUAAGCCGCUUUUUAAGUCGCUGCGCGCAGGUCGAUGGAAAUAGAAACGCAAGCUGGAGAUCAGCGCAAACCUGUGUGGACAACUUUUGUGAACAAAAUUAUGAAGAAUGAAGGGAUCUUAUGUUGUUUUCCUUUUUGGUUAAAGACGCAAACAACGGGACGGAACGGCGCGCAGACCGAAUCCAAAGCGUUUCAGGUGCGAUCCGACGAUGGCAAAGAACGGGUUUUAAAGAUGUGUUUUAUUCAAGUAUUGCCGAAUGACGGAUGACUGUAGAGACAGACAUGCAAGCCAACCUCACCGUCUCAAACCACAGCACGAACUACAACUUCCCAGCCCUCAUAUUCGGAAUCUUAUUGAUUAUUUGUAUCAUCUGUGGGAAUGUGCUGGUGUGUCUGAGCGUUUACACGGAGAAAGCUUUGAAAACCACGACAAACUACUUUAUAGUCAGUUUGGCUGUUGCUGAUCUGCUUUUGGCUGUUCUGGUUUUGCCGCUGUUCGUUUACGCAGAGUUUCAGGAUGGAGUUUGGAGUUUGAAUAUGGCCCUAUGUGAUGGACUCAUGACUAUGGAUGUGAUGCUUUGCACAGCUUCUAUAUUUAACCUCUGCGCCAUCAGCAUUGACAGGUUCAUCGCAGUAUCCUUCCCUCUCAUUUACAACCGCAAGCACGUGGACCAGCGACAGAUUGUACUGCUUUCCGCCACAUGGAUCUUAGCUCUGGCGGUGGCCUCGCCCGUGAUGUUCGGCAUCAACAACGUCCCUAACCGGGACCACAGCGAGUGCAAGCUGGAGGACAACAAUUACGUGAUCUACUCCUCCGUCUGCUCAUUUUUCGUGCCGUGUCCCAUCAUGCUCAUGCUGUACUGCGGAAUGUUCCGCGGCCUAAAAAAAUGGGAGGAGGCACGUAAAGCCAAGCUGAAGAACAGCAUGCAGGCCUGUAAGAAGCUCCAGGAGGCCGCCGCCUCCUUGCAACCCCUGUCCGGCCUGCCGCCCCCUCUGCCGCCCGUCAUCGACAAUGACCUCGCUGAUAUUUCCCUGGAGGAGGUGGACCAGGAUCAGUAUCCAGAUUCUGACAGCCCGUACCAGGCGGACUGCAAAGACGUAAGUGUGUCCAUGCUGGCGUACCCCGGCGAGCGCUGCAGGGAAGAUCAGAACCGGAACCGGCAGAGGAAGAGGGCAAAGAUUAACGGGAGAGAGAGGAAAGCCAUGAGGGUGCUUCCGGUUGUUGUUGGUGCCUUUCUCUUCUGCUGGACACCAUUCUUCGUAGUGCACACUAUGAGGGCUAUCUGCGAGGACUGUGACAUCCCCAGCAGCGUCACCAGCAUCGUGACCUGGUUGGGUUACGUCAACAGCGCCCUCAAUCCCAUCAUCUACACCGUCUUCAACACGGAGUUCCGAAAGUUCUUUAGGAAGUUUGUUCCGUCUCUACCCAGCUGCUGCUUGCCUGAACGUGCUAACCUCUGAGAGUUUAUGAACAAACCAGACAAUGUGAUGCUUACAUGUAAAUACAGCAUGUUUAAAGAAAUGACUACAGUAUAAUGCACCAAGAUGUUUGCUGCCAUUACAUUUGACCUGGCUGUAUGUUGACUAUUUGUAACGCAGGAGAUUCCCGGUGUGACAUCGUAUGACGUAAAAUUCAGGAAUGAGACUUGCAUGUUCUCUUAAAGGGAUAGUUCGGCCAAAAAUAGAAAUGCUGUCAUCAUUUAUUCACCCUCAUGUCAUUCCAAACCUGACUCUUUCAUCUGUGAAACACAAAAGAAGAUAUUUUGUAAAAUGUCUCAGGAAGUCAAUGGGGUCCGGUGUUGUUUAAUUAUUGACAUUCUUUCAAAUUUCUUCUUUUGUGUUCCGUCAGGUCUGAAAAUGAUCAAAGAUCAUACGUAAGGAUUUCAUACAGCUCCCGGCUAAACAAUGUAUACUUACACAAUUUGUCAAAUCAUGCAUGCAGUUUACACAAGUAUGGUACAAUUGAACAAUUAUGUCUAUUUGUUGUGUAUGCGUUUCAUAAAUGAGGCCAAUGUACGCUUUAAAGCUUCUAUGGAUUGGUCGGCCAUACGAUGACCUCUUGUUGCCAUAACUGCAGUCUUACAUCACAUGGAGUUCAUC